AUGGAACUAUCAGAACCCAGACCCAGUCAUCCCAACCACCAGCGUCAUCAGCAGCAGCCGCCGCAAAAUCAGUUACAGUUAGCUUCGUCCCAGGUUGCAGUCCCUCUCGAUGGCGGACGAAGAGGAGGAGGAGGUCCCUCGUAUUUCAUCAACAUGGGCCCCACCUCCAUCCAGGCUGGCCUCUUUGCUGGUGUCGCAACAACUCCUCCUCUGUCACCAUCAUCAUCUUCUUCUUCUUCGUCAUCGUCGUCUUCUUCAGCUCUGGUUCCUCUGGUUGAUGCGCCGCCGCUUCGCAUCUUCCCUGGACCUGAUUCGGCCAGGAGACAACAAGAAGUUCACCAGCAACAAUUGUCACUUUCUACAGCGACGGCGGUGGCGAGAGAUAUAGCUGCGGCGAGCCUGCCGAAAGCCAAGGACAGACACAUCAAGGUGGAUGGUCGUGGCCGGAGAAUUAGAAUACCAGCAGGUUGUGCGGCUAGGGUUUUUCAAUUAACCAAAGAGCUGGGUCUUAGGUCCGACGGAGAGACGAUCGAGUGGCUUCUGCAACAGGCGGAGCCUGCAAUCAUCGCCGCCACUGGCACCGGCACGAGGGCGGCGAACUUCUCAUCAACACUCAACAUUUCGCAUUGGAACAAUGGUGGUUCUUCCACCUUCUUGGCUCCGCCGUCGUCCGCUUCUCAUACAUUUCAUGGAGUUCUGGCUCCGUCGUCUGCUCAUCAUCAUCAACCUUACGAAGAUCCGUUCCCGCAUUCUACUUUGUUAGGGUUACAGCCUCAGCCACACCCUCAGCAACAAGAGUAUCGGCUUCAUCAUCUAUUGCCUGCUGCUCAAAUUUCAGAAGGGCUACCUAGUGCUGCCAGCGGAUUACCGACUGAGACUUAUAUGAGAAAACGUUUCCGAGAAGAUUUAUUCAAAGACGUUAAUAAAAAACAAAGCCAAUGCGUAGGCAGUGAGAAUUCAUCUGUGACAUUCAAUAGUGACUUGCAAUUGCAGAAACAAUCACAACAGAUACUGCAAAAAGCUGGAACUUCGAGUUUGAACGUCCUUCGUCCGCCUACCAAUUUCCUCCCCACCACUCCCAUGUGGGCGGCUGCCAGUGGCGGCGGAGGAGCUGUCGGUAGCACAUUUUGGACGCUAACCUCGGGGAGUGGAGGUACAGGUGUCGCCGCUGCAGAAAGCGGUGGUUCUGGGAGAUUCCUGACGGCACAGACUGCUGGUGGCGGCGGUGGCCAUGGUGGAAGCAUGAAUAAUCAGUUUCAAAGCUCGCUGCAAUUCAUGCCCACAUUGAAUUCCUCCCAUGUAGGAGGUCUGCAACUGGCACCAGCGACGUCUUUUUUGCUGCCUAAUCAGUCCAACAUGGCUCCAUUAAAUGCGUUUCCCAGUGCUGUUGAAAAUGUGAAUAUUCCAAACCUUGAUCAUCAUCAUGGUCAUCUUCAAGCUGAUGAUAAUUAA